CACUUAGAAGACAGCACAACGUGGAUCUGUACCCUGAAAUGCAGUCGUUUUGAUGCUGGAAUUCAUCUUCCUUGUUGCAAGAGAGGAUUCUAACAACCCGGUGUCAAAAGCAUAGCCUCAACCUCUUCUCUUCUGAAAGCUUCACGUUACAACAUGGAAGCCAUCGCCAGGUUUGAUUUCAUGGCCUCAGGAGAGGAUGAACUGAGCUUUCACGCCGGAGAUGUUCUGAAGAUCUUAAGUAACCAAGAGGAGUGGUUCAAGGCGGAGCUUGGGAGCCAAGAAGGAUAUGUGCCCAAGAACUUUAUAGACAUCGAGUUUCCUGAAUGGUUUCACGAAGGCCUCUCGCGACACCAGGCAGAGAGCUUGCUGAUGGGCAAGGAGGUUGGCUGCUUCAUCAUCCGGGCCAGCCAGAGUUCCCCAGGGGACUUCUCCAUAUCCGUCAGGCAUGAGGAUGACGUUCAGCACUUCAAGGUCAUGAGAGACAACAAGGGUAAUUACUUCCUGUGGACAGAGAAGUUUCCAUCCCUCAACAAGCUGGUGGACUACUACAGGACGACUUCCAUCUCCAAACAGAAGCAGAUCUUUCUGAGGAAUAGGACCCGGGAGGAGCAGGGUCACCGGGGCAACAGCCUGGACCGGAGGUCCCAGGGAGGCCUAGCCCUGAGUGGGGCUGUGGGAGAGGAAAUCCGGCCUGUGAUGAACCGGAAGCCGUCGGAUCACCACCCGCCCCCUUCCUCGCAGUAUCCCCCCACGCCACUGCCACCACAGCAGCGGUACCUGCAGCAGCAUCACUUCCAUCAGGAACGCCGUGGAGGCAGCCUGGACAUAAAUGACGGGCACUGUGGCAUGGGCAUCAGCAGCGAAAUGAAUGCCGCCCUCAUGCACCGGAGAUACACAGACCCGGUGCAACUCCAGGCAGCCGGGCGAGUGCGGUGGGCCCGGGCGCUGUACGACUUUGAGGCCCUGGAGGACGACGAGCUGGGAUUCCACUGCGGAGAGGUGGUCGAGGUCCUGGACAGCUCCAACCCGUCCUGGUGGACUGGCCGCCUGCACAACAAGCUGGGCCUCUUCCCUGCCAACUACGUGGCACCCAUGAUCCGAUGAGACCCUCCUGGAGGGGUCAGAGGCUUUUGUCUGAAGCUGCCUGCAAGUGACGGGACAAGGAAAAAAAGCUGAAACUACACAUACAUAUGUAUAUAUAUGCGUGUGUGUAUCUGUACUUACGCACACACAUCUAUAUGCCUAUGUACCCUCACACUUAUAAUAGUAAUUUAUUGGCAAGUUAGUUGGUUACCUAGUUGAUAUGAAAGGAACUCUGGUGGAGAAUUAUAUUCAUACUUAUUUUUCUACUCCCCUCGGCUGGUGUGCAGAAGGCAGUGGGGGCGUUGUGAAGCGGGAAGCAGGGAAAGGAAACUGAAAUGCUUCCUGUCCUUAAGCCGCACCGCUCCCUCCCCAUCCUGGGAAUUCUCACUGAGAGGAGUCAAGCGCACCUGGCUUUGGACACAGAGCCACAGGGUGGGGUUGGACGUGGCGGGGCAUGUUGGAGUUUACCUGCACGACCUG